GAUCGCGCUGAUCUUCUGGCUACAACAGGGCCGAGACCAAUCCGACGGCUCCCGAUCAAAUCGAUCGCGUUCCUGCACGUGUCCCCCAUGUCUGCCCGCUUCUCCCGCGCCCUUCUUCUCCCGCGCCCUUCUUCUCCCGCGCCCUUCUUCUUUCGCGCCUGGCUGGACGUGGGAGCAACUCAGCGCCAUCAGCGCUUUCCUGAUUUCGACGAUGCUUCCGAAUUCGUCGUCAUAGCGGUCGACGCUUCGCCGCUACAGUAAUCGGUUACCGAGCACCCUCACCCUCCGCGCACUCCCCCCCUCUCCCGAUUUUCCCCCGCUGUCGCUCCCCGCUAACCUGCUUUCCCCCCCUCCUUCCGCACAAGGGGAGGCCGAGCCCGCCCCCCCGCCCCUGUACCCCUCCCCAUCCGCCUCUUCCGCUCACGGGGAGCGGGGAGAUGGCGGGGCAACGUCCGCCGAGCCUCCGCCUGCGCGCGUACUACGGGAUCGACUUCCCGGGGAAGGUGGCGGCGCUGGUGACGCAGGCGCUGCUCUCCUUCUCCGCCGCAGCGACCCUCUUCAGCCGAUACGCCGCUGCCGUCGCGCUCGUUAGACGGCUAUGGCCGCUGCUGCCCGCCCAGAUAGCAAGCUUCCUGGUGGGCUUCACGGCUUCCUUCGCCCUCCUCCUCUGCCUCGCCUACUCGCUCACUCUCUCUGCCAACCUCCGCACCUCGCUCCUCCUCCGCCCGCGCAUGGCCCGCCACAUGCUCUCCCUCGUCCCCGCCUGGCAACCGGUCCGCACCGCACUGGACCUGGGCAGCGGCAGGGGCGUGCUGCUGGCGAGCGUGGGGCUACAGCUUCAGGAGUUGGGGGGGGUGGGGAGGGCCAUUGGGUUCGAUAGCUGGGAUACGAAGGGCGGUGGGGGUGGGGUUCGUGGUGGUGGUAGAAAGGGCAGCAGAAUAGAAAUGGAACGGAAUAGACGAUUCGAAGGUGCUGCUGCUGCUGCUGAUGAUGCUGCUGAUGCUAAUGCUGCUGGUGAUGGUGGGGAAAAUGGGACUGCUGAUGCUGGUGGUAGUGGCAGUAGUGGAAAGUCCUUGCGGCAAAGAAGGGCGGAUAAGGGCAGGGCAGGCCAACCAGCCAGGAGAGCAGCAGCAGCAGCAGCAGGAGCAGCAGCAGGAGCAGGAGCAGGAGCAGGAGGCGCAUCCCCCCCUGUGCAAGGUCAAGCACCUGUUCCCUCAACCGGCCUGGCAGCCGUGUCAGCGCCAGCAGUGGGCAGCAUGGCGGGGGCGCUGAGAGCAGCAGCGAGGGAGGGCGUGGGGGCGCUGGUGACGUGCAAGACGGGCGCCUUCGACCGCCUGCCCUUCCCCGACGCCUACUUUGAUGUCGUUGUCUCCGCCCUCCGCCUGCAUGCCAUUGCUUCGGUACUGGACGACACGGAUCCCUCAGCAGCAGAGAGGCAGCGCCACAAGGUGCUUCUAGAGGUGGCUAGAGUGCUCAAGCCGGGAGGCCGGGUGGUGAUAUGGGACGUGCUGCACGUGGCCUCCUAUGCGGAGUGCCUCAGGUCCCUGGGAUGGAAGCAUGUGGUUGUGACCCCUGGGCCGAAUGCCUUCAUGCUGCCAACACACGUUCUCUCUUCUCGGAAACCUUCUAAGUGACUCUCUACUGUACUGGUCAAAAGCACGUGGAAGAGGAUCUCAUUACGUCAAGCU